AUGUCGUUCCAUCAUGCACCCGUUACAGAAGGCAUUAUGAUAGUAUGUGGUGUCGCAUCUCUGGCGGCGGCGUUAUUCGACAUCAAGUACUACAUGCACCUGCAGCUCAUCCCCCAUCUCUGGCGUGACCACCAAUACUGGCGAUUGUUCAUAUACCCACUUGCCUUUGCCAACUCUUCCGACCUUCUCGUUGCAGAAUAUGUCCUGUUCUUCAUUGGGGCGAACAUUGAGCGCACAUUUGGGAGUGACAAGUUCGCUUCCUUCUGCUUUGUCACUACCGUCCUCUCCACGCUCCUCUCUUUCGCAUCCCUCGUACUCUUCCACAACAUUGGCCUGAACGUCAUUCCCUCAGGUCCAUACGCCCUCGUCUUCAGUAUCAUGUACCAGUACUACCGCAUCGUCCCCACAAUCUACCACUACCGCGUCUUCGGCGUCUCUCUCUCGAACAAAAGCGUGCACUAUAUCCUUCCUCUCCAACUCUUUGUCGGCCAAUCACCAGGGAGCGCCGUAGCGGGAACUAUAGGCCUUCUGAGCGGGCAACUGUAUCGGACGGACAUACUCGGGUUGAAGUCGUACAGACUGUCACCCCGGAUUGUCCGGCUCAGCACGCGCUUUAUCCUACCCUUGCUGGGGUCUUUGCGCCCACCCAGAAGAGGGACAUCAAUAGGCGACGAAGCGCCGACAAGGCGGACGAUGUCGACGGCUGCGUCGGUUGCUGCUGGACUGGGGAUUCCGACUGCCCUACGGCCACCGACGCAGCAGGCGAAUACCCCGGCAGCACCCGGCCAGCAGACACCGGACACGCAGCCUACCACGCUGAGGAGCAUCGUACAGGAGAUUAGGGGGCAGGGAACACCAUUAGGGCUCAGAGUGCCGUCAGAGGCGGAAAUCGCCCAGGUGGCGAGUAUGUUCCCCGAUGCGAGGCGAGAGGAUGUGAUAGGGGCUUUGCAGCGAAGGUUAGUGAUGUGCACUUGA